GAACAACCAACCGGGCCUGGAAACGACCCUGUGUUCUCUGACCAAUCAUGACAUUCCACCUCGGACUCACCUUACACUCCAACCCCAACAACUAGCCAUAACGCGCUCAAGAUGACGGCAACGCGUCGCUCAACGCGUCAAACACCUUCAUCAGCCCCAAGAUACAAUGAAGACAGCUCACCGUCGUCUGAGGAAGCAACACCGAGACGCAAUGCUAAGAAGACGACCCGCCAGAAGCGCGCACGAGAACAGGAUGCGGAGGAAGACGUGAAUGGGGCAGCUCAAGCACCCCCCAAGAAAAGCGCAAAAUUACAGUCAGGAUCGAAGCCAACCAAAGCCGAGCUUAAGCAACCGAAAUCGAGUUUAGCACCCGCAGCCUCGACGAACGAAUCGAAUCGCGACUCGGACGGCCAUCAAGAAGUCUACUGGCUUCUCAAGGCCGAGCCAUUGCCUCGAUAUGAGAACGGCAUCAAUGUCGCCUUCUCCAUCGACGAUUUGGCUGCUUGCACGAAGCCAGAACCUUGGGGUGGCGUGCGCAACCCUCAGGCGCGCAACAACAUGCAAGCUAUGCGAAAGGGCGACCUCGGCUUCUUCUAUCACAGCAACGCGAAGCCAUCUGGUGUUGUGGGCAUUUUGCGUGUAGUGGAAGAAGCGAAAGUUGACGAGACAGCAUUCGACAAGAAGGAUCCGUACUAUGAUCCCAAGAGCGACAGGGCGAAGCCGAAGUGGUAUUGCGUGGGUGUUGAGUUUGUCAAGAAGUUCGACGAUAUCGUAGACCUUAAGAGCAUUAAAGAUAACGCAGCAGCCGGAGGCAAGCUGCGAGACAUGCAGCUGAUUACAAAUGGGAGGCUGAGUGUCUGCCGCGUUCGCAGAGAAGAAUGGGCAUAUAUUAUGAAUAUGGCCGAGAGCAAACAAGAGCCGGGCCCUACCGUGGACGGACAUUAAGGACCAACUACCAGUCCACCUGUGUGGCACGUUUCACUAUUGAUCCCCAUCAUGUAGAAUAUUUCCGGUUCCAUUGCCUAGGACUCUCGUUCCGAGGCGUCGCAUCUGGUCCGUUUCUAGCUUCACGACCUGCUCCAAAGCAGCAAGACCGGCGGUCAAUACUGGAGGUCUCGAAUUAUUUCUGGACUGUUGAAGAAUGCACACCUCUCAACGAGCUUCUGAUGCUGCACCACCUCAGGCGAGCUCACACCGCUCAAUGGCCACCAGCCCUCCCACGGCCCGCCAAUCGUCAUGACGUGAGUCUGAUCCGGGGCAUUGUAUGCGUCAAGCCAGCCUUGUAGAGUAUUCUGCC